AUGUCUGAAGGUACGCAAAAGGAACCUAAAAAGUCCAUGACGGACGAAGAGAGGAUAGCACUGUGUCAAAAACUGGAUAAAGAGUUAGAUGAUUUUAUUGAUAGCUUAGAACAAAAGCGCUAUACUGAAGGAUGGCCAGAAGACCGCUGGGAGGAGGAAAUGGACAAGCAUCCAUUUUUUAUGAAGAGUACACCAGAUGAUGGUGAACUGUCUCCGUUGGCUGAAGGACUUGCUAAGUUAAAAUAUGAUCCUGAAGAGAACACUCCUAUCGAGCUAGCCACCAACUACAAGGAGGAUGGGAAUUUCAAUUUCAAGCACAAAAAUUAUAGGCUAGCAAUUUUAGGUUACACAGAAGGCAUCAAGCAGAGAUGUGAUGAUGCAGAAAUUAAUGCUAGUCUAUACAAUAAUAGAGCAGCCGCUCACUGGCAUUUGAAGAAUUACCGAUCGGCUUUAUAUGAUAGCGAGAAAGCUUUAUGUUUUAAUCCGAACCACACAAAAGCCCGUCUGCGAGCAGCAAAAUCAGCUUUUGAAGCAUCAAAGUACGAUACUUGUAUAAAACAUUGUCAGAAGUUAUUAGAAACUCAACCAAAAGUCAAGGAGAUUACAGACCUUUUCAAUACAGCAAAGAGGAAAAAGUUAGUUCAAGAGCGCGAUCAGCGGAAAAAAGAAAGAAAUAAUGAAAAAGAUCACGAACGAAAAGAGUUAGUUAUAAAAGCUAUUAUUGAAAGAGGAAUUAAAAUUUCAAAAUGUGAUGAUGAAGAUGACAUUGAUCUGUCGAAACUAGAACCAAGUUUACCGGGGGCGCAAGACGCGAUUGUACAUAUUAAUAAUGGAGUAUUAGAAUGGCCUGUAUUGUUAUUGUACCCAGAAUAUCAAAUGACUGAUUUCAUCAGAGCAUGUCCUGAGAAUGUGCCAUUGUUGAAUCAAUUGGAGCAGCUUUUCCCAGCGCCAUGGGAUGAAGAUAAUAAAUAUAGUUGUGAUAAAGUGAAUGUCUACUUUGAAGGUUACGACAAGAUGCCUCAUGUGAUCAAUGCAGCGAACAAUCUGGGCGAUUUACUAGUUACUAAAUAUUUCGAGUUAAAAGCGGGUACACCAGCAUUCUUUGUGUUGCCGCGUGGAACUAAUAUUGAACGCAGAUUUUUAGAGAGUUAUAUUUAA